ACAAGCGCUUUUUUUACUCCUGAGGAUACUUUCUCACAAUCUCUCCCAGAUAUUUUUCAGCUCCUCCUCUCCCCCCAUAUCCUGCAGCCUUGUACGUCUCACUUUGGGGAAGAAAAAUGAAGUGUGGUUAAUUUUAAGCCAGUGCAAUCAUUUAUGAGACCUGGAGGUGGAAAACCAGUUAUUGGUUAACAGGCUUGAUUUUAAAUGUGCUCUCCCUGACCCUCUACUUGAGCGAGCCAGGAGCAGCACUUCCAAGAAGCCGGCUUUCUGGAAGGCUUUUUCACUAAAUUAUUUCAAGCCUAGGCUUCUUGUAAAUGUUAAUAUCCUGCUGGCUCACUGGAAUGCAGCUGGUGGAUACAGCAAGUGCAAUACCUAUGUGCGUGCUCACAAUCCAAAGUAAAACUUAGCAGGCAAGGUUCAGGCUGUACUUUGGGAUGUCCUUACUGAAGGCUCAGGCUAGGAGGAAAGUGGGCGGGAGGGCAGACCUGAUUUGGCAUCAUCUCACAAGACUGGAAGUCCCUCUGCCCCAUGCAACAGACACUGUUGUGAUACAGCAGUGCUUUGCACCCCAUGUGCAAAUGACCGAUAACCUCAAGCUGCACCCUGUGUCACGCUGGUGCCUCAGCGUGGCUGUAAAUCUCAGCUGUGUGUACGCAGGUUGGAGCCACUCUGCCAGACAAAGCAGUCAGAGUGUACUGAUGAGCUGAGCCUGCUUUAGGCAGCCUUAAAUGGCUGCCUGGAGAACAGCGCUGGGAGAAUUUGCCCCUAGGAUUUCCCCUUGCAUCAGCAGGGGAAGGCAGUAGGCGAGCUUUGUAAUGAUGAAAUCGUAGCAGUUGUAGGCUGAAAUCCUGCUACUGCUGAAGCAUCUCUAUAGCAAAAUGCAGGGUUUUUGGGAAAACCACACAAAACUGAUAAUGGAGUAUGGACCUGUUUGUGGGUAUUACAUUGGUCGCCAGAUGUUUGUGGUGGUCUCCACACCAGAGAUGAUCAAGCAAAUCCUAGUGACAGACUUCAAUAACUUCACCAACAGAACUAAGCCAAACUUGAUUUCCAAGCCAAUGCUUGACAGCAUCCUUUGUCUUCGUGAUGACAGAUGGAAGUAUGUGCGGAGCCUCCUGACCCCAGCCUUCAGCGAUACCAAACUGAAAGAGAUGACACCGCUAAUAAACUGCGCCUGUGACGUCCUGCUGUGUAACUUGAAAGCCUAUGCAGAUUCUGGCAAAGCUUUUGAUAUCCAGAGGUGUUACAACUGCUUUACCUUGGAUGUCGUUGGUAGUGUAGCUUUUGGUACUGAGGUGGAUUCUCAGAAGAAUCCUGAUGACCCUUUUGUUAAGAAUUGCAGGACAUUCUUUGAAAUGUCUUUGUUUAAGCCUCUCCUCAUUCUAAUCCUUUCUUUCCCAUUCAUAAUGAUCCCAUUGCUCCGGAUUUUGCCAAACAAGAAACAAAAGGAACUGAAUGGAUUUUUUAUUCAAACCAUAAAAAAUGCAAUUGUCUUCAGACACCAGCAAGAUGCAGCUGAGAGGCGCAGAGAUUUUCUCCAGUGGAUGCUUGACUCCCGUGACUCAGCUGACUCCCCAGCAGCUGGGUGUUUUGAUGUGAUCAGUCCAUCUGCUGCUUCCAGACAGAACGAGGUGCCUCUUGCUGGCAGGGCCCCAUCUGAAAAGGUUCAGAAGACACUAACAGAGGACGAGAUAGCAGGCCAAGCUUUCCUGUUCCUGAUUGCUGGGUAUGAGACCACCACUAGCACACUGUCCUUUGCCACAUACUUACUAGCCACCAACCCAGAGUGCCAGGAGAAGGUUCUUCAGGAGGUUGAUGAGUUCUCGGCAAAACACAUGGUUCCUGAUUACCACAAUGUGCAAGAACUCCCUUAUCUGGACAUGGUGAUUGCAGAGACAUUGCGCAUGUACCCACCUGCAUUCAGGUUCACUCGGGAAGCAGCUAAAGACUGCGUAGUGCUGGGGCAGCGUAUUCCAGCUGGGGCUGUUGUUGAAACCGCAGUUGGGCAUCUCCACCACAACCCUGAAUUCUGGCCAGAUCCUGAGAAGUUCAUCCCUGAGAGGUUUACAGAGGAGGCUAAGAAGGAACGUCAUCCCUUUGCAUACCUGCCCUUUGGGGGAGGACCCCGUGGCUGCAUUGGCAUGAAAAUGGGAUUGCUGGAGACAAAAAUUACUCUGCUGAGGAUUUUGCAGAAGUUUCAAUUUAAGACCUGCCUAGAGACUGAGAUUCCUUUGCAGCUGAAAUCAAAAGCCACACUUGGACCAAAGAAUGGAGUCUACAUCAUGUUAGAAUCUCGCUAAAAGAAAAUGUAUAUCCCGAAGCCUUCUGGGCUGGGACUCCUUGUUCAGUGAUUCUCUGGGUAUAAUUAUUUCUCAAAACCCCAAAGACAGGUAGGAGCCUAAGUCCCACUGAUAAUCAGUAGGCGGGGCCUCACUGCCUUCCUAUGGGAGAGUCUCCCGUCACUUUUUUAAAUGAGACAUAGGCUCCACAGUCUUUUCUGGUGGUUUUCAAAUCACUGUGAAUAGUAUCUGUAAAGAAGCAUCCCACUUUCACUUGCUUUUCUACAUCGCACUUCCUUUUACUCAUCUUUAAGAAUGCUUUCUUCAUGCUCAGGUUCAAUGAAUGUAGCAAGUGUAAAAUGUAUGCACAAUUUACA